GGCUCUUCCCAGGCGUCGCGUGUAACCAGACUCUCUUUAGUUCUAUUUCUUCCUUUCUUUCACAGUAUAUCCCGAUUGUUUUUUUUUUCUGGAUUAGGCAGCAAUCAAUCCUUCUUCCUGUGUCUUUUGAGAAACAGGUGAACCUUGUUAACAGCGAUCAGUUUCUGGAUGCAGUUUCCUCUCCUGCGUUUGAAGGAUGAUGAUACCAGGCAAGACUGAAUCAGCAUAACUUUUACUUUGCAAGAGGAAAAACUUUUUUUCCUAUUUGAAGGCAUUAAAACAUAUAGAAUUAAAAAAAAACAGAAGAAGUUGGUUUAAAGCUGAACUUUUCCACUUUCUUGGGAUUUGUGUGUGUCAAUUGCAAAGGCUGCGUUUUUUUUUUCCUUUUGUUCUCCCUCCCCCCCCAAAAGGAAACUGUUGCUAGUUGGAAUAGACUUUUUAAAUGUUUGGGAUUCAAGAUACUUUAGGAAGAGGACCAGUUCUGAAAGAUAAAUCUCUAGGUUCUGAAAUGGAUUCCGUCAGGUCCUGGGUCAGAAACGUUGGGGUUGUGGAUGCAAACGUAGCAGCACAAAGCGGAGUAGCUUUGUCCAGAGCUCACUUUGAAAAGCAGCCACCCUCCAACUUGAGGAAAUCCAAUUUCUUUCACUUUGUUCUGGCUCUCUACGACAGACAGGGGCAGCCGGUGGAAAUAGAGAGGACAGCUUUUGUGGACUUUGUAGAAAACGAUAAAGAGCAAGGCAAUGAAAAGACAAACAAUGGCACACAUUACAAACUCCAGCUCCUUUAUAGCAAUGGUGUCAGGACUGAACAGGAUCUGUACGUUAGACUCAUAGAUUCAGUCACUAAGCAGCCCAUAACUUAUGAAGGACAGAACAAGAAUCCUGAAAUGUGCAGAGUUUUGCUUACUCAUGAAGUCAUGUGCAGUCGGUGCUGUGAGAAGAAAAGUUGCGGCAACAGAAAUGAGACUCCCUCUGACCCUGUGAUCAUUGACAGAUUCUUCCUUAAAUUCUUUCUCAAGUGCAAUCAGAAUUGUCUGAAAACAGCAGGGAACCCCAGAGAUAUGAGGCGGUUCCAGGUUGUGCUGUCAACAACAGUGAAUGUUGAUGGGCAUGUAUUGGCAGUGUCUGACAACAUGUUUGUUCACAACAACUCCAAGCAUGGACGGAGAGCAAGGAGACUUGACCCCUCAGAAGCCACGCCAUGCAUCAAAGCAAUUAGUCCAAGUGAAGGUUGGACUACAGGGGGGGCAAUGGUGAUCAUUAUUGGAGACAACUUCUUUGAUGGGCUGCAAGUUGUGUUUGGAACCAUGCUUGUUUGGAGCGAGCUUAUUACACCUCAUGCCAUUCGAGUUCAGACACCUCCACGUCACAUUCCCGGAGUGGUUGAAGUGACAUUAUCAUACAAAUCCAAACAGUUUUGCAAAGGCGCCCCGGGCAGGUUUAUUUACACAGCUUUAAAUGAACCUACCAUAGAUUAUGGUUUCCAAAGACUGCAAAAAGUCAUCCCAAGACAUCCUGGUGACCCAGAAAGACUAGCUAAGGAAAUGCUAUUGAAACGAGCUGCUGACCUAGUUGAGGCACUGUAUGGAACACCACAUAACAAUCAGGAUAUCAUUCUGAAACGAGCUGCAGAUAUUGCGGAAGCUCUCUACAGUGUACCAAGGAAUCCUGGACAGAUCCCUGCACUGUCUAGCUCUCCUGCUCACAGCAGUAUGAUGGGAAUUAACUCUUAUGGUAGCCAGUUAGGAGUCAGCAUUUCAGAUUCAACACAGGGGAACAACCAAGGUUACAUUCGUAAUACAAGCAGCAUCUCACCCCGAGGUUACUCAUCCAGUUCCACUCCUCAACAGUCCAAUUACAGCACUUCCAGCAAUAGUAUGAAUGGCUACAGCAACGUCCCUAUGUCAAAUCUGGGUGUUCCAGGGUCACCUGGAUUCAUUAACGGCUCUCCAACAGGAUCCCCCUAUGGAAUCAUGUCUUCAAGUCCAACAGUUGGCUCUUCUAGCACUUCUUCCAUCCUUCCGUUCUCCUCUUCCGUCUUUCCUGCUGUCAAACAGAAGAGUGCCUUUGCUCCCGUCAUCAGACCCCAAGGGUCUCCUUCUCCUGCCUGUUCUAGCGGUAACGGAAAUGGGUUUAGAGCCAUGACUGGUCUUGUCGUUCCCCCGAUGUAAGAAAGAGGCAGCUUUGCUCCUUUCCUUCUUCCCUUUUUUCCUCUUUUUUCCAUUUUUCUUUUACAGCACAAAACUACUUAUUGUGAUGGACCAUUAAAAAAAAUAGCACUACAAGCUCUUUUUGGGGGGAAAGCCAGGCCCAGGAAAAGAAAAAAAAAAAAAAGAACAUUUUUUAUGGAUUGGACAAGAUAGAAGUCUGCAUCUUUUACCUGUUUCAUAUUUCUGACACAACCACAUCAACUCCUAAAAUAUUGUGAAUGAAGAAUCAGCAAAGAGCCAGGAUGAACAACAGUUGGCAGAACAGCAUCACAAAUGCAAAGUCUUUCUCGAAAGACAUGAAGCGUUCCUAAGAUUUGUAAAAUAUUGAAAGGAGAAAGAAAUUGGCAAAAUGAUUCAAGUUUGAUAUUUUGGAUACAAUAAUUUGUUUUACUUUGUAGGGGGAAAAAAAGUUGAAGUUUCUAUUUUCUAUGGAGCCUUUCAGAUACCGAUUUAGUUUAUGCAGAAAAAAAAAAAUCAAUAAAACAGGGUACCAGCAUGAAAGAAUUUCUAGGACAAACUGACAUGAAUGAUGGAACUUUGGUGUAUGUGUGUAUUUGCUUAUAGUUUAACCUCUUUAAAAAUGUAAGAUGUUUUACAAUUAUUUAAAUAAAUAAACUUGUAACUUAUUGUAUGUAGAGGUAGAAAUUAAACCCUUUUUGGAUUUUUUCCUCCAAUUGUACAAUGAAGAAAAAUGAUGCAAAAAUGUAGUGACAAGUUUGAGAUAUAUUAUUACUGCUGCAAUUGUUCCUCACUUCCUCCCUCUUACUGAAUUUGUGUGCAAGGAUGUAUAGGAUUCUUUCUGAUUAACAAAUUCAUCAGAAACUGUUAUACACGUUGUGGUGUACAGGUCACUAAUUCGUGUACGAAAUUUCAUCCACGUCGUCUUUCCCCUCUUCCAAUUUUUGUUUUCAUGAUAUUCAGGUACUAGGAUAAACUGGUAAGUGUCGAAGACCCCACUGGCAAACGAGCGGCACUUAGGGACUUGCACCGAUCAGAUUUGUCAUGAGGUACUAAGUGUAUACUGUAGAUUCAAUAUAUAAAUUGAGAGGGAAAAGGUUCUCUAACAUACUGUUUUCCAUGUAGUUAGAACAACUUAAGUUCAGUUAUACUUCAUAUUAAGGGUGCAUUUAUGAAGAGUAAAUAUGUAUUUGAAUAAUUUAUGCACUUUUAUCCUGAGUCAUUAAAAAUGGUAAGUAUUUUCCAUUUAUAUAUUGAAAUUCAUAGAAGUAAUCGGUUGCUUUGUUUGAUUUUUUCUGCAUUUUAGUAUAAAAUAGUUUAGUUCUCCUUUGCAUCUCCUCUCCUGAAAUUGGAAGGUGAAAACGCAAUUAAAAAGCAAUCACUAGUUAUUUGACUAAACCAGAGAGCACUCUAAAGAACUCAAUCUUGCUGGUAAGCCUUUUUUUUGAGAGAAAAGGACCCCUCCAAAUCAGCUACACUACACUUACAACCCACUCAAAUACAUACUAUUCAUAGUUGCACAAAUAGUUGUUCCUAUGAUAACAUCUUUCUAUUUAUAAAUAAACCCUUAAUGUAUGGCCCCAAAACUUGUCCAUUCGCCCAGUAGUUUUAUUGAUUGGUAAGUAAAAUAGGAUUUUUUGGUGAUCAUUAUGUAUGGUAGAAAAUGUUCAAGUCAUUACUGGACUCAGGAUGGAGAACAGCUGUGACAACUUGCAUGGCUGAGGUCAUUUGUACUUUGGAGCUAAUCUGGAUUAGUAAUAGACUAGAAAGUCUCUAUUUAGAUCUAUGGUUCAAAUCCAGCUGCAAUAAUUAGUGACAAAGCAGCUUGGUGUUGUGUGUGGUAUGAAUUUAUAGACCCUCAUCUAACAGACAGGCUUUUCCCAGUAGUUUUUGCCAUAGGACUGCAUUCUGCAAACGUGUGUGUAAAUUCACUCAUGUGAAUACCCCAGUGCAGUUCAACUGACUUCCUGUGACCCUGCUUCUUACUCAAACUGUGUAGGAAUAGAUUCUCACUGACGCUCAAUUUUCAUAGUCUGGUGUACAACUGAGCUAUGUGAGAUGUAUUUAGCGUACUGAAAUGUUUCCAGGAUGUGUUUCUUAGCUGGAGCUCGGUACAGCAGAGAAGCCAGGGGAUGGCAAAGACACUGAAAGUGGGCGACUCCUGGCAUUCCUAGAGGUGACACUUGUGAGCUUUCUAUUACUCCUGACUCUGCUGGGGCUUUUUAGUAGGGGAUGCAUUAGGUGCCUUUUCAAUGCUAUUAAAUUCAUUUUUUAAAAGGAAGGCUUUUUUUUUUUUUUUUUUUUUUACUGUCAAAAAUUCAAAGCCUGAAUUUACUAGCAAAAGUGGCAAUUAAGAACAACUUUAAAAUAGAUUUUUGUGGGAAUAAUGUGUUUUUAAGAAGCAGGAAUCUAGUUCAUAGGUCUUGCAAGUCAGGUUACUAGAAGUGUCUGCACGCCAGAAAACAUGAAAUAAAAUAACUCACUGUUAAUUGUGGUUCAGUGACACUGCAGGUUCUUUGUAUGCCCUUCAUGUCUUCAAGGAAGUAGCAAUCACUGAGGGUCAACAAGGCAACCAACCUUGAAGCUAAGCGAUCUCUAAAAUAUGAAAGAAUCACAGGUGGUAAGAAGUCUGCAGCUGUAAGUGUGUUCUGCUGUACAUUCACCUGGGACAGCACAACAAGACAUACUGCCUAGCCUCAUAGCUGUUGUUCAGAAUAAUUUUAUUUCAUAUGUUCAUAGGUAUCAGUAUCCCAGAAAGACUAAUAAUGGGAAGUCUAAAUUCAUGCUUGGAAUUCUGGAUGCAUGGGGGAAAAAAAGAUUGAUUUAGGACUAUUAAAGUUGGGUUUAAGACUUCCAUUGAUUUUAGUGAACAUUGCAUCAAAUCCUAGAUUCCCAAAAAUAUCUCAUACCAGUCCCAUUUCUGGUGUGUUUUCUCCCUUCCCUUCUCUGUGCAGGCUACUUUCAAAUUUUGUUCUCUCUGCUACACUCAAGAUCUAUAACCAUCAAAUAUUCCAGAUAUGAAUUUCUAAGACCACAUGCUGAAGAGCAGCAGCUUGCUAGCUUGACUCCCUCCACAUCUUUAACAAAGCUUUUCAUUACAAAAUUUCAGUUAGAAUGAUUUCAAAUGAAAAAUUGAGACAUUUCAAGGGAAAAAGCUAUUCUGUCCACCCGUUACAUAAAUUGGAGGGGUUAUUGCAUAAAACAACACUGAAGUCUCAGAAAGAUUCAAGAAAAAUUGACAAGCUGACUAAAAAAAUAAAAUUGAAAAGGUUCUGAAAUUCUGAAUGUUCCUUUUCAUGUUUUAAUUAUUUUUAUGAGCUCCAUCCAGUUGUUCAAGUGGGACAGCCAAGAGUCCAAUGGAAAAAAAGGAAACCUUCCCUAGAAAACUACUUCAGAUGCUUGUAGGAAGGAAAACAAAUGUAGCUGCCUAAGUUAAUAUAAACAAGAAGGAAAAAAAAAACACUUUUUCUGGUUUGACUCAAGCCAAAUAAAUGAAACAAAGUAAAUGUAGGAAUGAUUUAGAACACGAGUUUUGCUCAUGCAUGGAAAUCAUCAUGUGAAAGAAAGAUGACUGCAGAGCUUGGUAGCUUCACAAGAAAAAAAUGUGUGUAAAUAAAUCCAUCAGGACUCCUUGAAAGUGAAGGGACUUUGGCGGUAGCAAACACCCAGCAGAAGUAAUGUAAAAAUUUGUGAAAGGAUUUUUUUUUUCAGUGUAAUAAACAAAUCUGUCCUCUUUUAGUUAUUGCCAUUUAAUACUCCCUAACAGCUUUCUUUUUUGCCACUGAAAAGAAGAAAGUUGUUGUGAUAGAUGAUUACAAAUUUUAUCAUAACUUUAAAGAGUAUGUUUUAUUUCUUUAUUUAUCUUGGUAUAGCAUCUUAUUCUCCCUAUUUCUUUGCACAUUUCCAAUAUGCAUGGUUUUAAAGACCGUUUUCUCCCUUCUGUAAAUUAAGGCCUCAUUUCUCCCUACUGUAUAGUUUUGGGGUUUGUUUGGGGUUGGCUGGUUGUUUUUUUGGGGGGGGUUUGGUUGUUUUUUGUUUUUUUGCUUUGUCAGUUAUACGGUAUGAAGUUGCUAUGCACAGAGCUUUUGUAAAGACAGCUUUUUUUGUUUACUGUUUUUAAUGGUCCUACUUAUGGAAGAAUAUCUUGUUUGUAAAAUGAAUAUGUCUACUUCAGUUUUAAACUUUAAAUUAU